AUGACCGAGCCGCAGGUGCCCGAGGUGCUCCAGGAGGUCACGGUCACCACCGAGCGCCCCCCCGGCUCCCCGGAAGACGACGGGUGGCCGAGCGCUGCCGAGGCCGAGAGCUCCCGCGACGGCUUCGAGGAUGCCGAGGACCCUCGGGGGACGCCCCGGCGGGACCCCCCGGACCCGGUCCGCCCCACCUGCGAGCUCUGCGGGAAAAGCUUCACCUCGGACUCGUCCCUGAGCCGCCACCUGCGCGCCCACCCGGGCGGGGCCCCCUUCAGCUGCUUCCGCUGCCGCAGCGCCUUCCCCCCCGGCCCCCACAAGUGCCGCUCCUGCCCCAAGCGCUUCGCGUCUGCCCGCUCGCUGCAGAAGCACCGGCGCGUCCACCUGGACGGGGCCCUGAGCUGCCCGGACUGCGGCAAGACCCUCAUGUCCAAGGCGUCGCUGGUCACCCACCGGCGCAUCCACACCGGGGAGCGCCCGUUCGCCUGCCCGGACUGCGGGAAGAGCUUCAUGGCCACCAAGUCGCUCAGCAAGCACCGGCAGUCGCAGCACAGCGCCGGCGGCUUCAUCUGCACCGACUGCGGCAAGAGCCUCUCGUCGCAUCCCGCGCUGGUCACGCACCGGCGCAUCCACACCGGGGAGCGGCCCUACGAGUGCCCCGACUGCGGCAAGGGCUUCAUGGCCGUCAAAUCGCUCAGCAAGCACCGCAAAUCCCACCGGGACGGGGCCGCGGGAGCCCCGCCCGCGCCGUGCCCCGAGUGCGGCGACAGCGGAGCGGCCGCGCCCUGCCCGCACCGCCGGCGGCCCCUAGGGGACAGCCCCGAGCGCGGCGCGGGGGUCCCGGCCGCCCCCCCGGCUCCGCUGCGGCCCCUCGGGGACAGCCCCGAGGUCCCGGCCGCCCCCCCGGCUCCGCUGAGGCCCCUCAGGUGUCCCCGCCACGCGUGCGAGGACUGCGGGAAGGCGUUCCGGGACGGGGCCGCGCUGCGCCGGCACCGGCGCAUCCACACCGGGGAGAAGCCGUACGGCUGCACCGAGUGCGGGAAGAGCUUCCGCGCCAGCUCCAGCCUCGUCAUCCACCGGCGCAUCCACACCGGCGAGAAGCCGUACCCCUGCUCCCACUGCGCCAAGAGCUUCAUGUCCAGAUCGUCCCUCAUGAAGCACCUCCGGACCCACCUGCGCAAAGAGCUGCCCGAGGGGCCGCGGCCCUGA